AUGUUCUCAGCUGGUAUGAAUGAGUUGAGCGCCGCCCUGCCCCCAGGACACGCCCUCCUCAGCGGCAAGACGCCGGACCAGGUGCUGGCGGAACUCAACAAGUCGCCGCUCUUCAUGACGGAGCUCGAGGACAACGACGACGUGGCAGCGUUGCAGGCGCUGGCGUACGAGGGCACGGCGCGGGAGAACGGCGAGGACUUCAAAGAGCGCGGCAACGAGUGCUUCAAGGCCGGCAUGCACGCCGACGCCAAGGAGUUCUACACCAAGGGCAUCGAGGUGCUCGCGCUCGAGGAGCGGCGGCGGGCCAACGGCGAGAAGACGUACCACACGGAGAAGGCCCGGAGCGGCGAGGGCGACGACGCCGAGGAGCGGGACGUCGAGGUCGAGGACGACGCCGACGAGAUCGCCCGGCAGCGCGGCGUGCUCGAGAGCCUCUACGUCAACCGCGCGGCGUGCCACCUCGCGCUGGGCAACUACCGGUCGUGCUGGACCGACUGCGGCCUCGCGCUGCGGCUGAACCCCCAGAACGUCAAGGCCUACUACCGCUCGGCGCGCGCGCUGCUCAAGGUCGGCCGCGUCGCCGAGGCCGACGACGCCUGCGCGCGCGGCCUGGCCCUCGACGCGGACAACAAGCCGCUCCGGGCCGUGGCGCAGGACAUCGUCGAGGCGGCGGAGCUGGCCGACGCCCGGGCGCGGCGCGAGGCCGAGAGGAAGGCCGGCGAGAAGCGGCGCGAGACGCUGCUGCGGGCGGCCCUCGCGGCGCGGGGCAUCCGCACGCGGACGACGGCGCAGCCGCCCGAGAUGGAGGACGCGCGGAUGCGCCUCGUGCCGGACGAGGACGACCCGGCGAGCAGCCUCAGCUUCCCCGCCGUGCUCCUGUACCCGCUGCAGCUCGAGAGCGACUUCGUCAAGGCCUUCGACGAGACGGAGCGCCUCGCCGACCACCUCGCGUACAUCCUGCCCGUGCCGUGGGACGACAAGGGCGAGUACACGCCCGACGGCGUCGAGUGCUACAUGGAGACGGCCGCGGGCGGGCUCGUCAAGGUGGGCAAGAAGGCCACGCUGCUCAAGAUCCUGAGCGGCGGCAGCGUCGAGGUCGUCGACGGCAUCGUGCGCGUGUACGUCGUGCCCGCCGCCCGCGCCAAGGGGUGGAUCGAGGAGUUCAAGCUCAAGAAGGCCGCGGAAAGGGGGGGCAGCUAG